AUGCCCGCGUGCUGCCGCCGCUGCUGCUGCCGCCGGACGCCGCCGGUGUCCAGGGCCGCCGCGUGCCCCUGCUGGCUCUCGUGGGCGCUGCUGUGGUGCAGCUUGGCGUUGGCCCCGGCCGGCGGCUACGUGAUCGUGAACUCGGUGUCGUGGUCCGUCACCAACGAGGUGGAGGAAGAGCUGCACAGCUCCUCGAACGAGGAGGUUCUCCCCGCGCUCCUGGAAGACACCACGGGCAUCUGGAAGCAGAGCUACCCGGCCUCGGUGUACAAAGAGGAGGAGGAGGAAGAAGAGGAGGAGAUGAGGUCCAGGCCGGGGGCGGCGAGGCCGAAGCAAAACUCGUCCCCUUCCCGCAUGUUUUCCUACAGGAGAGCGAGCGCCAAAGGGGGGGCGGAGAGCCUCGCGCCCCACGAGCAUGCGGCCAGGGCGGCCCGGUUCCUGAUCCAUUCCAGCAGCUGGGGAUUCCUGGCCACGAGAUCCGCUCAAGAAAAGAUCCGGGGAGCACCGUUUGGGAAUUGCUUAUCUAUUAGCGAUGGCCCCACAGACAAUAGCACUGGAAUUCCUUUUUUUUAUGUGACUCCAAAGGACAACACAGUAGCUGAUCUGAUGAAAAAUUCCGUUGCUUCCCUGACAUUGCCAGAGGCAGAAGGAGAUAUCUGCAGAAAAACAAUCGUUGACCCUGAUGAUCCACGGUGUGUCAGACUUAUUCUUACAGGGCAGAUGGUGAUGGUGCCUCUGGAAGAAAUGGAAUUUGCCAAGCAAGCAUUGUUUUCUAGGCACCCAGCAAUGAGAAAAUGGCCUCGCAAUUAUGAAUGGUUCUUUAAAAUGAACAUUGAACAUGUCUGGCUUCAGAAUUGGUAUGGAGGAAUUGCCCCCAUUGCAUUGGAGGAGUAUUUCAAAGCAGUUCCCAGUAAAGCUUGAUCAAACUUCCAAAUAAGAGGAUUCAGUGUUUCAUAUUUACUUUGGGGGGUGGGGUGGGGUUCAACUGUUUUAUAUUCUAUGGUACCAGGCUAUUUAUUUAACAGUAUUUUGCACAAGUACUUAAAAUGGCUCCAUCUCUGUUAAUGGAGUAGGUUGACACAGUAUGGGCCUUUGAAAUGAAAAUGAAUGUUAAGGCUGGAGACAGAUGAUACUAGACUCUUCUUUAAGGUGUUUAAAUAUUCCUGGAUUUUUUAUGAACAUGUAUACCACAGGGUGUGCUCAUUAUAAUUUUGAAACUGGACAAGAAUCGUGACCCAAAUGAAGUGGCUGUUAUGUAUAAAUGGUGGUUAUAUUACUGCACCUAGUUGUUCACAUGAAUCUCUAAAGAGCUGCUUAAAGUAUGUACAGAUUUUUAAUUAAGUUGACAUAUAGAUUCCACCUUUCCUUAGGCA